UGCAUCCAUGUUUGAGACUGUUCACUCUUUGUGUCUAAUUUCAUUUUCCUGGUCUCAUGUGUGGAGUAUUAAGAGCAGAUCCCUUUUCAUCCUGGAAUUUGGAUCAUUAUUUUCUGGCAAUGAAUAACUGCGUUCUUCUGGAAGAAGAACUGAUAAAAAAAUCUCAGCAAAAAAGAAGAACCUCCCCUUCCAACUUUAAAGUUCGAUUCUUUGUCUUAACAAAAUCAAGACUGGCAUAUUUUGAACGUCGGCCUGGGAAAAAAAGAAUUCUAAAGGGUUCAAUUGAACUAUCCAAGAUUAAAUGUGUAGAACUUGUGAAAAGUGACAUCCCAGUUCCAUGUCACUAUAAAUAUCCUUUCCAGAUUUUUCAUGACAGCUAUAUGCUUUACAUCUUUGCUCCCAACCUAGCAAGCUGCCAGAAAUGGGUCAUGGUUCUGAAAGAAGAAACUCAGAACAACACCACUUUGGUGUCAAAGUUUCACCCAAAUUUUUGGAUAGAUGGACGAUGGAGAUGUUGUGCUCAGCUAGAAAAGAUGGCAACAGGCUGCACGGAAUAUAUUCCAGCCAAGACUGCCUCUAGUAAACCUCUACCGCCUACACCGGAGAAUAACAUGAAAUCAUCACUGGAUACCAAGGAAUCUUCAGUAGUUGCCAUUUAUGAUUAUAUUGCUCAGAAUCCUCAGGAACUGACAUUACGAUGCAAUGAGGAAUAUUAUGUUAUUGAUAACUCUGAAGUCCAUUGGUGGUUGGUUCAGGAUAAGAAUGGGCAUGGAGGAUAUGUGCCAAGCAGCUACAUAGUAGAAAAAUCACCAGAUAAUCUUCAAAUAUAUAAUUGGUACAACAAGAAUAUCAGCAGAACCAAAGCAGAAGCAAUGCUCAGGGAAGAGGAUAAAGAAGGAGCUUUCAUGGUGAGAGACUCAAGACAGCGUGGCACCUAUACAGUCUCUGUCUUCACAAAAGCAUUAAACAAUGACAACAGCCCUGUUAUAAAGCACUAUCACAUCAAGGAGACCAGUGACAAGCCCAAGAGGUAUUAUCUGGCAGAGAAACAUAUUUUUGAUUAUAUCCCGGAAUUGAUCAAUUACCACCAGUAUAAUGCAGGAGGUCUUGUUACUCGAUUGAGAUAUGCUGUCUCCUCCUGGAGAGAAAAAGCUCCUGUUACAGCUGGAUUAAGUUAUGGUAAAUGGAUUAUUAGUCCGCAAGAACUAACAUUUGAACAGGAGAUCGGUGUUGGCGAGUUUGGAGUGGUUCAUCUUGGUUACUGGCUUGAUCGGAUGAAAGUGGCUAUAAAGACAAUUCGCACAGGAACAAUGUCAGAAGAAGACUUUAUUGAAGAGGCCCAAGUCAUGAUGAAAGUAUCUCACCCCAAAUUGGUCCAGUUACAUGGGGUAUGCAUGCAAAAUUCUCCUAUAUGUUUAGUAUUUGAGUUCAUGGAGUUUGGAUGUUUAUCUGAUUACCUGAAAAGGCAACGUGGAAGCUUAUCAAAGGAAGUACUUCUCGGAAUGUGUCAAGAUGUUUGUGAGGGAAUGGCUUAUCUUGAGGAGGCAUCUGUCAUUCAUAGAGAUCUGGCUGCUCGGAACUGUUUGGUGGGUGAAUUUCAAGUUGUCAAAGUGUCAGAUUUUGGAAUGUCACGGUAUGUUCUUGAUGAUCAAUAUACCAGUUCCAUGGGUACUAAAUUCCCCAUCAGGUGGUCAGCACCAGAGGUUUUUUCCUAUAACCGCUAUAGCACCAAGUCGGAUGUAUGGUCAUUUGGAGUAUUGAUGUGGGAGGUAUUCUCUGAAGGCAAAACUCCUUACGAGAAUCGGACAAAUGCUGAUGUGGUAGAAGAAGUCAGUGCUGGCCUCCGAUUGUAUAAACCCAGACUUGCUUCCAAUACCAUUUAUAAUCUUAUGCAACAUUGUUGGAAUGAGAAGCAAAACGACAGACCACCUUUUUCUCACCUGCUCUACCAUCUCAAUGAAAUUUCUGAAUCUGAUCUUUAAGAAUGAGUGGAUUUGAAAAGAUAUGAAAAACAUACAUUUUUGUAAUCAUUAUAUCUUGAAGAAGUAACAAACUGCGACUGAGAUACUAAGAAGACUCUUGGCCUUUUGAGAAAAUUGAGAACCAAGAAAGUGGACAGUUCAAGAUACAGGGAAGUAGUCUGAUGUGCUGUUGAGAGAGAGAGAGAGAGAGAGAGAGAGAGAGAGAGAGAGAGAGAGAGAGAGAGAGAGAGAGAAUGGAAUAGACUUCUUUGAUUUUCAUUCUAAUUUGGCUGCAGUGAAAUAAAUCCUUGCAUCUUUCAUUCACUGAUUCUAUAAUUACACUAUUAUGGACAGAUUCAGGAAAUACAGCUGAAUCUAUUAUCUGAGAUUUCUUAAGCUAAAGUUAUUGAUUUGCUUUUUGUCAGUUGAAACGUUGCCAUGAAUAUAUAUAUAGGCGUCCACUUAUUUUUUGUGGAAUUGCCCCAAAUAUAAAGAUUGCUUUUAUACAGUUAUUCUGAACUAUUCUUAUGAAACUCACUCUGAUCUGUUUGUGACUGCAAGUGUAAUUCUUUAUUUUUGUCAGGAAUAUAUUGAACAUAUUUUUAACCAUUCCUUUAAAAAUAAGCACUAUGUAACUUUGCUUAGUGUAAAUCACUUAUGGGGCUGAAAUAUAGCUGAAUUCAUCUUCUCUGGGGUUUGCUACAUCUUACUCUUUCAAGGAGGAGAAAACUAUUGGAGAUUGUAGACUAUAUAAAAUUUUGUAUUUCUGAAUUAACAUUUAUUUUCCACCACUCAUACAUAUCAACACACAAUAAAAGGAAUAAAUUACAAUAAUGUUUAUAAAACAUUAACAUUCCAAAUAAAUAAUGCUGUAAAGGGUGCUUCUCAGGCAUUCAGCUUCAGUUUCUCAGUCACAGACCCUGAGCUUGAAGAAAUAUUGACCUUUAGAUGGAAAAGUAAAUUGUUCCAGAAAUAGUCUGAUGUAUUGAAAGGGCAGAUAAAAAUAAUGGAAGAAUUCUGGCACAUCUAUAUAUUUUUGGAUUUCGUGUUAUAAAGGCCUGGAUAACCACAGGGGAGCCAGUGAUAUAAUGUGCAUCAUGAUGUCAUCAAGCAAAGUAUAAAUUGCAUGUUUUGGACAUGUUAUUUCAGGGGGUCUUCAAACCUGGCCCUUUUAUGACUUGUGGACUUCAACUCCCAGAAUUCCUCAGCCAGCAUGCCUGGCA